GCAUGGUGAUUCUAUCCUUGAACAGCAAGUCGUAGAUUAAGUCGUAGAGCGGUUGAAAUACAAUAUAAAUUGACUAGAUGGCUGGUUUAGAGAUCCUCUCUCCGGAAGGACUACGUCUUGAUGGCCGAAGACCUCAUGAACUUCGAAAAAUCAUUUGCAGAACGGGGGUUUUCAAACAAGCCGACGGAUCCGCGUACAUCGAAAUGGGGAAUACAAAAGCGUUAGCCACUGUAUACGGACCUCAUGAGGUUACAAAUAGGGCGAAAAUUCUUCACGAUCGUGUGUUUGUAAAUUGUCAGUUUAGUAUGGCGACGUUUAGCACGGGUGAAAGGAAGAAAAGGUCAAAAGGAGACAGGAGGUCGACAGAAACCACCAUGCUUAUUCGAAGAACUUUUGAGGCUGCUAUUUUAACACAGCUUUACCCUCGAUCUCAGAUUGAUAUUUAUGUGCAGGUGAUUCUUGCUUUCUUGUUUUGUUUUUUUCUUGGGCCACGGCGCCGCUGUUUGCUAGAAACAUCCGUGUGCUAGAGUAACGCGCAUGUCCUCGGCUUGCCCCUGGGGUGGGACCCCGGGCCAACCAGGGGGAUUGUAAAAUGGAGCAAAAAUAAGAAUUUUCUGAAGGUGUAGGUGAAUUUAACAAGACCAUUCUCCAGGGUCAGGUGAUGGUCAAUGUUAUCCACCUCGUAAAACUCAGAUUCAUGUGAUUGUGGGGAAUAGUAUUUUUUUGCCACUGUAAUCUGCCUAGUCCAUGGGUUUUAUUGGCACAACUGUUAAAAAAGACCGCAAAAACACUAGCACGUGGAAGGAAAUAGGCUGCAAAAGGCAUGAGAAGAGUGGGCGAAAAAUCAGUUACACAGCCUAUGAUAGUUUACAGGGUUGUCACUAAAAUUUCAAGUUGCCGGGUAAAUACAACAAGUAGGCGGGGAAUCAAACAGCAAGGAAUUUCUUUUGGUUCUAUUUUUCUUCUAUUUUCCAAUAAAAGUAGCCGGGGACCACACUCAUAGUAGCCUGGGGAAAUCCCCGGCCCCCAGCUCUUAAUGACAGCCCUGUAGUUUAGGAGCAAAUUUGACUUAUUCAUUUAAGUUUGGCGACAAAAUAUGUAUAUUUGUGAUGUUCCUGUGGUUGCUGUUUGCAACAGAAAACUUCACAAUAUUCGAAUUCCUCGAAUUGUAAACAAUGUGAUGAAUUUGCCCUCCCCAGCAAGAGAUUCUUAUAUAUUUAUCCUCUUUUAUUAUAUAGACGCGAGUGUUUUACUGGAAAAUAUACCACUCGUAAAAUUCAUAAAAACUACAUCCGGGACGCAAGUGAUUUAUUUUCCAUAAUCUCACACAUGAGUUUAUCGAUGCCGUAAUUUUGGUCAUUUCCCUCUAUUAUUUUAUGGAUGUCUUUUUGUCUAUAUAAUAAAAAGAACAUUACACGGCGGCUUGAAGAUAUGAAUUUUAUUUUCUCAUGGCAAAAACAAUAUUUUACUCACUCGCUGCGCUCGUUCGUAAAAUAUUGUUUUGCCACUCGAAAACAUAAUUCAUAUCUUCCCAUCACCGUGUAAUAUCCUCUAUUUAUUAUAUGGAGGAGAGUGUUUUACUGGGAACUAAACCACUCGUAGAUUCCAUACGCCACUUCAUCCGGGACCCGAGUGGCGUAUUUUCCGUAUGUCACCUUUGUGAGUGUCGUAUCGUUCAAUGACGUCUCGAUUCCCGCCUUUUGCUUUUGUUGAAAUGGUUUCUCCAUAUAAUAAAAAGAACAUUACACGUUGGCUCGAAGAUAUGAAUUUUAUGUUCUCGUGGAAAGAACAAUAUCUCACUCGUUCGCUUCGCUCACUCGUGAGAUAUUGUUCUUGCUACUCGAACAUAAAAUUCAUAUCUUCUCGCCACCGUGUAAUAUCCUCUAUGUAUUACCUGACAUAUUCCCCUGAUUGGCCGGGGGCCCAUGAAAAAGCAAAGCAGAGAAUUAUUAAUUUGCUGUGACUGCAGUGUGUGUAUCACGUGUCGAUCGUAGCGGCCUGCAAACUCAGGUGGUCCUACUUAUAUUUCUAUUUAUUUCUAUAUCUGUUGGUUUCGGUAAUGACAUCAUCAAGUGACUGUGACGUUUUGAUGAACAAAGAAUUGCUUUUGCCAAUGAGUUUCUACAAAAGAUGUUUUUUGCUGAGAACAUUUGGAUCAUUAGCAUGAACGAAAAGACAUACCACUAAACACUACCUGAUUAUACCCCCUAAAACACUGAACAUUUAAAACAAAAUAAUAGUAGUUUCCGUUUAUAAUUUUUUCUUUAUAAUUUGUUUACGUGAACAGAUUCUUCAGGCAGAUGGUUCCAACCAGAGUGCCUGUAUUAAUGCUGCCACUUUGGCCCUUAUUGAUGCUGGUAUUCCAAUGAAGGAUUAUGUGAGCGCUUGCUCCGUGAGCUUCAUUAAUGAUAAACCGUUAAUGGACAUCAAUUACCUGGAAGAGAGCUUUGGGGGACCACAGUUAAGCUUAGCAGUUUUGCCAAAAUCUGGAAACAUUGUUAUGUUUCAGAUGGAUUCAAGGUUGCAUGUGGAUAACUUGGAGAAAGUACUCGAAUUAGCCAAGAAAGGGUGCUCAGAUAUACAUGUCUUGCUGAGACAGACUGUCCAUGAUUACUCGCAAGAAUGUUUAACUUCUCUUACUGGGAAUUGA